AUGGAAACCAAGGUGGGACGUGUACAUGCCGAGCGUAUUCGUGUCACCCUUGGUUUUGAUGGUAUGUUUUAUGUGGAUAUUAGUGGUUUGAGUGGCGGGCUAGCUUUAUUGUGGAGGAGAAAUAAUACGGCAAGCCUUUUGAGUUUUUCGAAGACCCAUAUUGACAUUGAGGUUACUAUUCCUGGAUUCCCUAACUGGCGUAUGACAUGCUAUUAUGGCUUCCCUGAGAGGAACAGGCGUAACGAGUCUUGGGAAUUAUUGAGAUCACUGGCGAGUAGAUCUGACCUCCCCUGGGUUGUCAUGGGGGAUUUUAAUGACUUACUCUAUCAGCAUGAAAAAAGAGGGGGCAAUCCGCAUCUGAGUAGUCUCCUUCGCGGUUUUGGGGAUACUAUUGAGGACUGUGUUUUGUCUCAGAUGCCUAUGGAAGGAUAUCAGUUUACAUGGGAAAAAGGACAAGGAACGCCUAACUGGAUUGAGGAAAAAUUUGAUAAGGUGCUCACACCGAAUGAUUGGCGUAAUGUUGUGGUUGGGGCUAGGGUCACGAACCUGGCAACACGAAGAUCAGAUCACUCAGCCCUCUUUCUAGGAAUCCAUGACUCCGUAGGGAGGGGUGGAACUGGCAAGAGGGGUUUCCAAUUUGAGAUGGCAUGGCUACAUGAUGAGGGGUGUAGGGGUGUUGUGGAGGAGUCAUGGGAGGAAGGGAGGAGUAUGGGCUUGCAAGAUUGUAUUCAGUACUGUGGGGACCAGUUAUCACGAUGGGGUGGAGAUCGACAUCACAAAUUUGGUAACCAGAUUAAUACCCUGCGGAAGGAGCAGCAGCGAUUGCAUGGGCACACUGACCCAACCUCGCUUGCAAAAUUCCAGCACCUAGAAGAGCUCAUGAGUCGUCUUGAAGCUCAGGAGGAUGCCUACUGGAGACAGAGAGCCAAGCAGCAUUGGCUCAGGAAUGCUGAUGCCAAUACAAAGUUUUACCACAGUCACCGUGAGAAUGGGAUAGUUUCUUUGCUGGGAUUUCCCCACGAGUCACUCAGGCAUAUAAUGAACGUUUGUUUCGCCCCUUUGAGUUGGAUGAGUUGGGGGGAUAUCUCGAAUUUUGUGAUUAACUGCCUACAGUCACCCCAUUUCCCUGAGGGCUUGAAUGAUACAGAUAUGGUCAUGAUCCCAAAAAUAGGUACCCCCCAGAUGGUUACUGAUCUUAGGCCAAUAGCUCUUAGUAAUGUUGUUUAUAGGGUCAUGGCUAAGAUGAUAACGAAUAGAAUGAAGCCUUUGAUGGAGGAAAUUAUAUCUGACUCACAGAGUGCCUUUAUCCCGGAUAGGCUUAUAAUUGAUAAUAUCCUUCUAGCUACAGAGGUGGGUCAUUUUUUGAACAGAAAGCAGUGUGGGGUUGUAGGAUGGAGUGCUCUCAAGUUAGAUAUGGCGAAAGCAUAUGACCGCAUGGAGUGGUCCUUCCUGCGUGGCAUGCUCUUGGCGUUGGGUUUUGAUUCUAGAUGGGUGGAAUUGAUUAUGCUAUGUGUGGUUAACUAUCAUAAUUCAAGUAUAUGCUACAGCAAGAAUACAGGUGAGAUGGAUAGAAUGGAGGUGGCUCAAAUUCUGGGGGUGGUACAGGCACCUAACUUUGGAAAAUAUUUGGGACUUCCAUCAUUUGUUGGACGAAAUAAAAAGGCGCCUUUCUCAUAUAUUGAAGAUAAGAUCAGGCAGAGAAUAGGAUCAUGGACUUUUGAGCGAAUCAUGAACUGCUACUGGUGGGGAUCGGGUACUGACCAUGGAAUACACUGGAAGGUAGGAAAUAACCCCUGUUUCUGUUGGCGUAGUAUUAUGGCAGCUAAAGGGUUAAUCUGUAGUGGUGUGAGACGCAGAAUUGGAAAUGGAGAAACUACGCUAAUAUGGGAUCAUCCGUGGAUACAGGAUGACCAGGAACCUAGAUACAGACUGAGAUGCCUAUGCAGUUGGCAGGAGCCAAAGUUGUAG